AUGCAGAAGCAUUUAUCUCCCCUGCUCGUUUGCGUUCUCGUUUACCUGUCCAGUCAAGGUGUGGGCGGCAGAUACCUCAACAGCUUGCCAGGUCUGGAAGAUACCUUUGUCGACAUCGGAAAUGAGCCCAAAGAUGUAUUCAAGAGAUCGCCCCUUCUCGAUGAAAUCAGUGGGCCUCUCAGUCGAAACGUUCGAGCCGUAGAUGAACAAGCUCGAAGUUCCUUGGUGUACGCUAGAAUGAAAAUUCUUCUGUCCCUCCUGAGGAUAUUGCUGGCAGGUAGCCUACAGGUGGAAAUCUUCCAGUUCAACAACUGGGACAAGACAAUCAAGAUUGACCAGUUGUUUUAUGUGAGGCCCAAGACAAUCUGGGAGGUGAGUCUGCCUUGCAUGUCUGUUUGCUCUUGU